CCCUCUGGGUUUCCUCAGGCUGUGACAGGGGGACCCAGAGAGGAAGAGGAAGCAUGAGGAGGAGGAGGAAUAGAAGGCGGAGGAGGAGGAGGAGGAUGGAUACAGAGUGACGACGGUGUCACAGCUUUAUCAGUAGGUUAGUUUCACGCCAUCCAGCAGGGUAAACACACGGAGGGAGUACCUCACUUACAGCAGAGUGGAAAAGCACACCUUUGCGGAGCACCGACUGUCGCACCGCCACCUCCUUCUUCUUCUUCCUCUUCUUGUCGCUGUGUGGGAGGAAGAAGGGCGAGGAUACUACUAUGGCUUCAGUUUCUUCACAGAUCUCAGGACUUCAGACAGAUGAGGAGGAUAACAGAAUCCUGAAGGUGAAAGUCAUUGCUGGAAUUGGACUGGCCAAAAAGGAUAUUCUUGGAGCCAGUGAUCCCUAUACCAGACUGUCCCUCUACGAUCCUGUCACUGGAGAAAUCGCAAGCCUUCAGACCAAAACCAUCAAAAAGACACUGGACCCCAAGUGGAAUGAAGAAUUUUUUUUCAGAGUUGAUCCCAAGAAGCAUCGUCUACUGUUUGAGGUGUUUGAUGAGAACCGGCUGACACGUGAUGACUUCCUGGGACAGGUGGAUAUCCCCUUAAAUCAAAUACCGACAGAAAAUCCUAACAAUGAAAGGCCAUACACAUUCAAGGAUUUUCUGCUUCACCCACGAAGUCACAAGUCCAGAGUUAAAGGUCAUCUGCGUCUAAAAAUGACCUACCUGCCAAAAAACCCAGGUUCAGAGGAGGAAACUGCAGAUCAGACUGAGGACAACGAUCCUGGUUGGGAGCUUCUGGAGACACAUGAUAUGUCAGGUCCCAGACAAAACCAGAUCCUGCCUCCUCUUCCUCCUGGCUGGGAGGAGAGGCAAGAUAAUCUGGGAAGGAUCUACUAUGUUAAUCAUGAAACCAGAACCACACAAUGGCAACGGCCCACCACGCAAGACGGCAAUUUGGAAGUUCAACGAAGACAGAACAGUAAUACGGAUGCGGCGCAUGUUUUCAUAACACGCAGACAGAUCUCAGAACAUGAGGAUAGCACGCAAGAGUCUCCAGAGAGCUGGGAGAUCAUUACAGAGGAUGAUUCCACCCAGUACCACAGUAGUAACCAGCUCAGAUCACCUUCACCCCGCACCCCAGUGGAGUUCCACUCACUGUGCGAUGAAAUGAGGAAUGUUAACAUCGCUGCCGCAGCUGGCGAGCAGCGCUCCUCCCAGAUCGAUCACAGCAGUAAUUCAAGGCAUUCCAGUCGCAGAGGAAGUGCCCAGACCUCAACAGGAGAGGAACAUCCUGCUAAUCCUGUGCUGCUUCCAACCUCAACUGGGUUACCUCCAGGCUGGGAGGAAAAGCGAGAUAGUAAAGGAAGACGCUACUAUAUCAACCACAACAACCGAACCACUACAUGGACACGACCUCUCGUGCAGAGAACUUCAGAGGCAGCACCAGCACCAUCAGCACCGUCGUCAGCAGCAGCACCGUCAGCAGCAGCAGCAACACCGUCAUCAGCAGCAGCACCAUCAGCAGCAGCAGCAGCGGCACAGAGUAGUGCAGGCUUAUCACAAAGCCCUACACCAUCCCAACCAUCAGCACCAACAGAGGAGUCUCCUCAGCACACUCCAAGCCCCGAGGCCACGCGAGAAUCUGGCUUCCUGCCGGUCGGUUGGGAAGUUCGCAGUGCGCCCAAUGGAAGGCCGUUUUUCAUCGACCACAAUACCAAGACAACUACCUGGGAAGAUCCCAGGCUAAGGAUUCCUGUACAAAUGAGGAGGAGAUCCUCGCUUGAUCCUUCCGAUCUCGGCCCUCUGCCGCCUGGCUGGGAGGAGAGGGUCCACAGUGAUGGCAGGGUCUUCUACAUAGAUCACAACACAAAGAACACACAAUGGGAAGAUCCCAGAUUGCAGAACGCUGCUAUAACUGGACCAGCAGUGCCUUACUCUAGAGACUACAAACAGAAGUAUGACUACUUCAAGAAGAAGCUGAAGAAACCGGCGGACAUCCCAAACCGCUUUGAGAUGAAGCUGAAACGAAAUGCAGUGCUGGAGGACUCAUACCGACGCAUCCUCUCGGUCAAGAGGCCAGACCUGUUGAAGGCACGACUGUGGGUGGAGUUUGAUGGAGAAAAAGGACUGGACUACGGUGGCGUGGCCAGGGAGUGGUUCUUCCUAAUGUCCAAAGAGAUGUUCAACCCGUACUACGGGCUAUUCGAGUAUUCCGCCACGGACAACUACACACUGCAGAUUAACCCCAACUCAGGUUUAUGCAACGAGGACCACCUGACCUACUUCAAGUUCAUCGGCCGCGUGGCAGGCAUGGCUGUGUUUCACGGCAAACUCCUCGAUGCUUUCUUCAUUCGGCCCUUCUACAAGAUGAUGCUGGGGAAGCCAAUCAUCCUCCAGGACAUGGAGUCUGUUGACGGUGAAUAUUUCAACUCCCUGAAGUGGAUUUUGGAGAACGACCCAACAGACCUGGACAUGAGGUUCACUAUUGAUGAAGAGCUGUUUGGACAGACUCACCAGCAUGACCUGAAACCCGAUGGCUCAGAGAUUGUCGUCACCAAUGAAAACAAGGAUGAAUACAUCCACCUGGUGAUUCAGUGGAGGUUUGUGAACAGAAUACAGAAGCAGAUGACUGCCUUCAAGGAGGGAUUCUUUGAGUUGGUACCGCAAGAUCUGAUCAAGAUCUUUGAUGAGAAUGAGCUCGAGCUGCUCAUGUGUGGUCUUGGAGAUGUGGACGUGAACGACUGGAGAGCGAACACAAAGUAUAAGAACGGCUACUGUUCCAACCACGUGGUUAUCCUGUGGUUUUGGAAGGCGGUGCUGCUGAUGGAUGCGGAAAAGCGAAUCCGGCUCUUACAGUUUGUGACGGGAACAUCCAGGGUCCCGAUGAAUGGCUUUGCUGAACUCUAUGGCUCUAAUGGACCGCAGCUCUUCACCAUCGAGCUUUGGGGAACACGUGAAAAACUUCCCAGGGCCCACACAUGCUUUAAUCGGCUGGACCUUCCUCCGUACGAGUCCUUUGAGGAACUGAGGGAGAAGCUUAACAUCGCUAUAGAGAAUGCACAAGGCUUCGACGGGGUGGAUUAGUGCAUACGUGGGAAAUGAGCUGAACUGACAUUGCUGUCAUUGGAGUAAAGCAAAGCUGCGUGAUGCCCCUGGGGAAAAAAAUACAAAAACAACAAAGCUGUGUAUCAGACUCAGGUUUUAACCUGCCGGCUGUGAAGAUGGACAGCAACAAGACUCACAUGAGUCCUCUGUCGGGGCCCAGCUGAAGAAAAGACAUGAAAUCUGGAGUGAUGGAGGUGUUUUUACAUCACCCUGCGUGUUGUAAAGUUUACAAAUCAGGUUAUCUUAGUAUUUAAUUCUCUGAUGCAAGUCGCUCAAAGGUGUAUUCACUCUUAUUUGUUCUGCGAAAAUGCUCAUAUAUUUAAAUAACUUGAUUCUGUGAAGCGAUAAGAGUAUCUGAAUGUGAAUAACAGCUGUACAGUUUAUGAUAAAAACCUACCUUUUUAAAAAUGGACGUUUGAUUUAGUUUUAGUCACUUUUUGCCCAGCCAGAUGCAUAAAGACAGAUGUGUACACACAUCCUUUCAGUCAGAUUGUCCUCUCUUAAUAACAUCAGUGUUUGAAACUGUAAAUACAUAAACAAGUCUUUCCACUUCAUCUUUAGACAUGAAUGGAUGUAACCACUCUUUCUUUUGUUUUGUUUUGGGGGUUUUUGUUUUUUGUUUUGUUAAUGAAACCACUGUUUGCACCUCAGGUUAUUUAAUUUGGCCAUUAAAAAAAGGUAGUUGUACCAAAUGUGAAAUUGAGGAACUGACCAGAGAUGGCAGGGGAAGAGCAGGGAUAAGGAAAUGUUUUAUGUGAUGGACCCAUUUGUGGAAUCAAAAGCUGCAAGAAAAUCUGCAUCAGAAGAAAGGUGAAAGUUCAGGGGCAAGUUCAGAGGGAAAAAAAUCCUGGCCGAGUUCUAGAAACAAGAAAGCUCAUCUGUUUGUACAUUACACACUGCCUUAGUUAUUAAUAAUAGUAGUAGGUGUUUAAUGUUAGUAAGUCAUUUCCACUUCAUCAGGCCCCAUUUUCUCUAUAAAAACAUGUGAAUGAAUAGUCUGAAUUACGCCUGAGGUGCACACAAAUACCACUGCGCAUUCUUUCUUUGUAGUAAACCGAAGUUCACGGCUUUUGUGCGUGCUUGUUUAUACAGUCGUGUUCAGCUCAUUUUGGGUCUUAUAUUGUCACUUUAUUACAUGCAGGUCCUUCAUGCUCGGUGUAAAAACUAUUGCACUCUAGCAAAGCCAAGAAUUUAAUGCUUUUUAAAAAAAAAAAAAAAAAAAAAAAGCCAUGCUCGCCACUUAAUUUGUCUCCAUUGCUGUUAAACACUAAUUGGGUGUUUCUGUUCAACAGUUUAAAAUGUCCUUAAACAACAAAAAGAUUAAACUUUUUUUUCAUUUAGUUUCUUUUUAUUUAUUUAUUUUUUUUACUUGUUUUCCA